GCCCGGGCCGCGCCGAUCGAGCCGGGCCCGCGAGCCGGGGACCGGGCGGGGGCGCCGCGCACGCGCACGGUUCGACGGCGCGCGCCGAGCGAGGGGCACCGUGCGGGUGCAGGCACGAUGGAAGGGGGUGCGUACGGAGCGGGCAAAGCCGGGGGCGCCUUCGACCCCCUCACCCUGGUCCGGCAGCCGCACACCAUCCUGCGCGUCGUGUCUUGGGUGUUCUCCAUCGUGGUGUUUGGCUCCAUCGUGAACGAGGGCUACCUCAACACCCCCUUGGAGGGUGAGGAGUUCUGCAUCUACAACCGCAACCCCAACGCCUGCAGCUACGGUGUGACCGUGGGCGUGCUCACCUUCAUCACCUGCCUGCUCUACCUGGCCCUGGACGUCUACUUCCCGCAGAUCAGCAGCGUGAAGGACCGCAAGAAAGCCGUCCUGUCGGACAUCGGUGUCUCAGCCUUCUGGGCCUUCCUCUGGUUCGUGGGCUUCUGCUACCUGGCCAACCAGUGGCAGGUCUCCAAGCCCAAGGACAACCCACUUAACGAAGGGACGGACGCAGCCCGGGCCGCCAUCGCCUUCUCCUUCUUCUCCAUCUUCACGUGGGCAGGCCAGGCUGUGCUGGCCUUCCAGCGGUACCAGAUUGGCGCCGACUCGGCCCUCUUCUCCCAGGACUACAUGGACCCCAGCCAGGACUCCAGCAUGCCUUACGCCCCCUACGUGGAGCCCAGCGCCGGGCCCGACCCCACCGGCAUGGGUGGCACCUACCAGCAGCCAGCUAACGCCUUCGACACCGAGCCCCAGGGCUACCAGUCGCAGGGCUACUGAGCCGCAGUGACCGCUUCCUCCUCGCCCAGUCCCCGCCUGCCCCAGCCCCAACUGCCCCCUGCCCCCUCCUCCCACACCCGGCCCCCUCCCUCCCAGGCUGCCCUGCCCAGCUCCUCAUCAGCCUCCCAGUUGUUCCUCUGAGGCCCAGGGCGGCUUGGGUGGGACGGGCAUAAGGAGUUGUAGGGGGUAUGUCUACGUGUGUGUGUCCAGCAGGAGCCUAGGGUGUUUGCAUUCAUCCAUUCUGUCAUCGAGCAUCCAUUGAGCACCUACUGUGCGCUGAGCCCAUGCUUGGCAUGGGUGUGAGAGAAAUGGUGUCCGGGAAGGGGGCGAUGUGGAGGAGGCCUUUUGGUGCCAGCGGUGGGAAUGGUGAGAAAGACGGGUGAUGCUGGGAAGGUCUGGCUGCAGGGUAACUGAACACCCGCAAGACCGUAGGGCUGUCACCUGCUAGGUGUGACACAGCAGCCCUGCUAGGAGCACCGGGCUGUCUGCGUUUUAUGGUUGUAGAAACUGAGGCCUGGAGAAGUCAAGGUCACUCGUCCAGGGUCACUCAGGCAGCCAGAGAUGGAGGUGGGGCCACGCCUAGGCUGCCUGAUGGCAGGGCACCUGCUGUCCCUUGUCCCGGCCUUCCCCAUCCCUCAGCCUGGGGCUCCAGUGCUUGGUGCCCCCAUUACUCUGGGAGGCCUCGGGACCUCAGCCCUGAGACACCCCGAUUCUGCUGCAAGCUGGGGGCCUAUUCUGCCCUCGCUCUUCCCCAGCUGGACAGCCCCUCGCCAUGUUCCCACCGGCCCCUCCCAGGGUGGGCAUCCCCUGCAUACCACUCUGCUGUGUGUGCCCUGCUGGGGGCUCAGCACCUUUUUUGUGGCCUCCCGAAGGACUGACGACUGUCCCUGCCCCUAGGCGAGGCCAAGACCCCGCCCACAGCAGGUGGAAAGGAGGCCCAGAGGGGAGCAGCUGGCCAAGGUCACAGCGUGAGCGGCAGAGCUGGGCGUGCUGCCUGGGUUUCUUGGCCCCAGCUGCCCAGCAGGCGGCCCAAUUCCCUGCCCUGUGACUCCCAGGAAACAACUGAUCUGGGACAUUGUCUCACCUUGCCCUCCUCUGGGGUCAGCCAGCCUGGGGGCUCCAGGAGCCAAGGGAAGGAAGGUCCCUCCCCUGGCCCUCAGGGGGGGGCCGGUCUCCCUGUGGGAGGCUGAGUAGAGAGGACAAGCACUCUGGACCCGCAUGGCCAGCCUAGGAGCUGCUGCCGUGGUCCGAACUGCGCCAAGAAGAACGGUGAGAGCCCUGGUGCAGGGGAGGCUCGGGGAGGCCACAGGCUGCAGAGGAGAGAGUAGCGGGUGUCCCCAAUGUACAGGGAAGAUGGGGGGGACUGUUGCACAAGGUGGGCUCUUUGUGGAGCCUCGAGGGACAGGGAGGCCGUGAACGGUGGAGAGAGGUGUUGGCUGUUCUUACCACGAGCACCAGAUGCCCACAGAAGAACCCUAAGAGGCAGUAAUAGCAGCUAUGGGGCACCUGCUAAGAUCGGGAGCUGACAGCCGGUCGGAGAUGAGCACUAGGCCCACUAUGGACCAGGGUGCACGCUGGGCUGAGGCCCCAGGAGGGUCCUGAGGAUGGAGGAGUCAGCACGGCCGAGAGGGAAGGAGAAGGCACUUCCUCGCCAGAGAAGUAGCAUUGUUAUCCCCACUUAACAGAGGGGAAACUGAGGCUCAGGGAGUGUGAGUUAGCAGUGGGGCAUGGAUUCGAACUCGGGUCUGUUCAGGUCCUCCCCAGGGGCAGCACUGAGGGGAGAGGACCCCAGACGGCCGGGCAGCAGCUGCUUGUUGCUGAGUGGCUGGCCUGUGCCAGACCCAAGGUUUCGGAGCCAUAAGGGGGUGGGUGGGGCGGGUGUGUUUCUGGCGGAAGUUCUGAGCCCAUGCAGGAGGCAGUGAGAAGUCCUUCCCAACCCCACUCCCCACCAGGAGCCUCCCCUGCUGACGGGCACUAGGAGACCCCGGGUCUGCCCAGCUGAUCUCCCCGGAGCCUCGCUGUGGUGGUGCUGGGCUGGAGGGCAGGGUACGUUUCCGCUUCAUCCAGUCCCUGGGUGUUUAUUGCAGACUCCCUGCCACCCUGGACCGGGAGAGUUUACAAGGCCCCUGGCAGGAGUGGGGGUCACUGACUCAUCUCACUCAGCAUCCUGGGGUACAGCCCAGACAUCCACCAUCAGGCAGGGGCCAGCCCACGGUGGAGCUGAGAAACAGGGCGAGAGAUGUCGGAGGGCAGGGCGUGGAGGGGACCCACGGCUCCUGACUCCCCUCCUGGGAAGUUGGGGAAGCCUGUUCUUUGGGUUGGCUGAGGACCCCUGGGGGCCAAGCUGGGAGGCCAGAGUGUGGGUUUCCUUCUCCCAUCAAGCACAAGGCAGCCCGGGCAGACUGGCUCCACACAAGGUUAGACUUGCAAGGACCCUCGAGACAGGAGUCAGCCGGAAGACGGUGACUUGUCCAAAGUCCAGCACAGAGCUAGCGGCCCAGGGUCCAGGCCUCCUGCCUCUGAGCGGACACCCACCCUUCCCAGUGACGGCCGCCUGCCUGAGUGUGGCUCUAGGUCUACCCGGGGGUGUAACUCGGAGAGACUCAUUCCCAAGGGACUGGCAUUCCCUCCCCCCUCCAACCUUCCCUGGUGAUUCUUUAUCUUCAAAGACUUUUCCAGGGUCCCAGGCCUCUCCCAUGUAACCAAGAACCCCUACUUGUUACCCCCUCGGGGCCCCCAACCUUGAACCAAGACCCCUUUUGACUCUAAGGAGCACGAAGGGGGAGCUCCCCUCUCUAGAGUUUGUGGGAGGAUGGGCUGGUCCGCCAUCUCCCAGCGCUGCGCCUCGACGUGACCCUCCCCGUCCCCUGGUGCCCAAGCCCUGUCUGGGUGCCCGCCCCUCCUGCAGCGUUACUGCCUGUGUAUAGUAUAAAUAUAUAUAUUUUCUAUAUAUAAGAUGUAUAAUAUAAGGCUCCGCAAAUAUAUCUGUGUGUGUGUGCGUGUGUGCAGUGAAUGGUGGUCCCCAUCCUGGGCCCCACUCGGGACUCCCCCACCACCGGGUUCGGUCUCUCAGGAGUGAAUCCAGUGGCCCCGCGGACCCUCCUUUCUGACAUCCGUCCAUUUGUGGUGAACCAAGUGAAGGUGGUGACUUCCAGUGACAGUAAUAAAGUGAAGACUCAAAACCCACCAGCGGGUUGCAGCGUGUGGCCUUGUGUUCUUGCUCUUUGUUCUUCGAGAACGUGGCUUGGGAUUGCCCACCCGCCCUCUCCCCUGACCUGGGACAUGUUUUGUUCAUCUUUGUUUAGUAAAAAGUAAAAUCAUUACAGUUGAA